AUGUCCGAAGAUGUCCUGUUAUCCGACUCGGAGUCAUUUCAUUCGGGCUUGAGUGAAAAAGACUUAAAGGAAAAUGACUAUGACGACGAAGCAAAAUACAUUCGAGGCUCUUCUUUCGACAUGUUCGAAUUCGAAAGAGUGGAUCAGCGAGGCCGCACGCCGCUGCAUAUUGCUAUCUCCCUAGGACAUUUUGAAAUUGGUAUUUGGGAGGCUGACCAAGCUGACAAGAAUAUGUUCGGCCGAACGAACAACAUCCUCGCCGGAUACUCGAACAAGGCAGUUCUCGCCCUCCCAGACAUUCCAAUGCUCGAAGGCUGCCGUAAAGCAGCAGUGGACCGUCAAGUCGCUGUUAGUAUUCUUUUUAGAUUCGUCGCACUUUUUCCAUAA